UUGAUGACCUACACCAAACAGAAAAUGGCAACCGAGCCGCCAACAGCCAGCGAAUUGGUCUACCUCGCCGAGCUGAAGACUCGACUCCGCGAGUUGCGGGAGCGCCAGGCCACAGAUAUGUUAAUCCGGAUGAGCACCUCGGCUGUGGGGGAGACCUUCCGGGGUGCACUAAAAGGCAGUUCGACUUCGAGUUCCGGCCAUAUUAAUAUCAAAAGACUAAUUCAGGGCUUUGAGAAUCUUCGCAAGACCUCGCAGCAGUUGAAUGAUCUCCACGAGUUGCCCGAGGAGCUAAUGAAUGUGGAUGUGCGACGGCUGCUCAGGGGCUAUGAAAAGUUAAUUGAAGAGGGCAAUGUGCUGCAGCAAAGAUGGUUCAAACUGAAACAAUCCACGAAAAGUUCUUUGCAUCUAGCGGACAGCGAAAUGCUUUCGAUUUUGGGCAAACACAUUUCCAACGGCAUAAAAUGUGUCUAAUGAUUUGGCAUCAAA